AUGGGAAGAAGUAAAAUCCGGCAGCAAGCUUCUGACUCCCGAAAUGCGACGCAGACUGCGUUCACCUUGAUGUGGAUAGAUGGAGAGCUGGGCUACAUCCCGAACACUGGGCGCUCCCCUCCAUCUUCAACCCAAUGGCAGACAUUUGUAAUGGCAGCUGCAAUCCGAAAAAUGGGAGCUGUUAGUGAGGCAUCGCGAGUGAUGGUCGCAUCACGUAACUAUGCAGACUUUGCAAGUGAAGCUACAUUUGAAAUUAAGAAAUGUGACCUCCAUCGCCUGGAAGAAGGCCCUAGUACCACGGCAGUAAUGACUCGAGAGGAAGGGCUCCAUUACUACAAGACAAUGCAGACCAUACGACGCAUGGAGCUGAAGUCUGACCAGCUGUACAAGCAGAAGAUUAUUCGUGGCUUCUGCCACUUAUAUGAUGGUCAGGAGGCUUGCUGUGUAGGGCUUGAGGUUGCCAUAAAGCCUACAGACCAUGUGAUAACAGCUUACAGAGCUCAUGGCUUUACCUAUGCACGAGGAGUGCCUGUCCGAGAAAUUCUCGCUGAACUUACAGGUCGAAAAGGAGGAUGUGUGAAGGGAAAAGGAGGAUCAAUGCAUAUGUAUACCAAAAACUUCUAUGGUGGCAAUGGUAUUGUUGGUGCUCAGGUUCCUCUGGGAGCUGGGAUUGCGCUGGCCUGUAAAUACUUUGGUAAAAACGAAGUCUGUCUGACACUCUAUGGGGAUGGUGCAGCCAACCAGGGCCAGAUAUUUGAAACGUACAACAUGGCCGCCUUGUGGAAGUUGCCGUGUAUUUUCAUCUGUGAGAACAACCGGUACGGAAUGGGAACGUCAGUGGAAAGAGCCGCAGCCAGUACCGACUACUACAAACGAGGAGACUUUAUUCCAGGGCUCAGGGUGGAUGGCAUGGAUGUUCUCUGCGUUCGAGAAGCGGCAAAGUUUGCAGCCGAGUACUGUAGAGCUGGAAAAGGUCCUAUUCUGAUGGAGUUACAGACGUACCGCUACCAUGGCCACAGUAUGAGUGACCCUGGAAUAAGCUACCGUACGAGAGAAGAAAUCCAAGAAGUGAGAAGCAAAAGUGAUCCCAUUACCUUGCUGAAGGACAGAAUGGUCAACAAUAACCUUGCAAGCAUUGAAGAGCUAAAGGAAAUUGAUGUGGCAGUACGGAAGGAGAUUGAGGAAGCUGCUCAGUUUGCUACCACUGACCCAGAGCCACCCUUGGAAGAACUAGGUAACCAUAUCUACUUCAAUGAGCCCCCCUUCGAGGUGCGUGGCCCAAACCAGUGGAUAAGGUACAAGUCUGUCAGCUAAAGGCCUCGUGGUUGGUGUAACUUAUUUAUAAGGAUAAGUGAGUGCAUUUACAGGAACUAUAAUGACUCGGAAGCGAACCUUAAGUUUAUUUAAAAGCUUUUUCAAAA